GAUUGCCAAUAGCGACGAAUCCUAAAAACGAGUCAGUUCUAACUAUCCAUGGUUAAAUUUGGUAAGAUCAGAGAAUUUGUACAUUUCACUAGCAGGAAACUUCUCUUGAACCACAUGGUUGUGGAAAAGUGAUUUGUCAAAAAGAAAGCCGACAGACGUUUGUUUUUAAAAAUACAAAUACAAGGUAUAACUUGUUUGCACAAUUUUAACAUAAACAAAAUUCAAUGCGCUCAGCAGUGAGUACAAUCAUUAAUCAUGAUAUGAAUAUUGAAUAUGAAUAUUUUUGUCCAUGCCUAUUAAGGCAUGGACAAAAAUCAUUGGAAGAAAAAAACAAAGAUAGUAAAGAGAGACUCUGUAAGGGGAACAGAUUCACUUCGGUCAGGUAACCAAACAGGCGUAUCUCUGAAUAUCAACUGCUUUAUCCUAUCAAGUAAAGAACAACUCGUGGCCACUGAACUGAUUGUCGUGAGUCAUCAUUUCUAUUGAAGCAAAAUUGAUCAAUCAUACCUUAUUUCAUCUCUUAUAGGUCGAAUUUACUACUGCAAUGAGGAUAUACUUAGUGGUUCUCUUAUUGUCUUCAACCUUCUGUUAUACACAAGCUUGGCCUACACAAGAAGGCAAGUACUUGAAUAUGUUAUAUCUUAGCCGCAUUCGAAGAGGAGGAUCUAAAUCAGUUCUAAUAUGCGAGGCUUCAAAAUAGACUUUUUCAAUUCCUUGUCUCGCCGCAAUUUUUCAUUCCAUCCCACCGCAAUGAACAUUUUCAUCCCGAUCCCGCCUUUUAUUCUAUGCCGCCGAUCCCUGCCCAUGUUGUUCAAGUUCACCGCCGUAUUUAAACUGAUGGACAAGUUAUAGUCAUCAUAAUAUUGAUAAUGUACUCUCAUUUCUCAUAACUCUCAUGAGGCAAAACCGAGCUUUAAAAUGCGUUAAAAUACGUGUUGAAGCCAAAGAAAAUCUCGGCGACACGUUGGCUGUGCCAUUUCAUACGUGGUUUAUUGGGAUUACUAAUUUAAGCCCGUUUAUAAAGCAAAUAAAUACUCUUUGAUGUUUCUUAGGUCGUGUAGCCAAUAACUGAAUUAUGAUCUCGGCUACAACCAUCCUAUCCCGCCUUCGAAACAGAGCAUAUCCCGUUCGUACCUUCCUUUCAUCCCGCAUAUUUCUUUUAAUAACCCUCAUCGGGCACCUAUGAUUAUCGGAACCUCAUAUGCCUGUGCAAAGUUAUGGAACAUUUUUCCUAUUGUGCGUGUUAUAAAGUCAACCCAUAAAGUAUCUAAAAUGAUUCCAUCGAAUAAUUUUUAUUAGAAAAUUAUGAGGACAUCUUCAAAUAUUGAAAUCACGGUUUGAUUACGUAAUUAUCCUUAAGGACUUGUGCGCAAGUUUCAAUCCAAGCAACGAAAAUAAGAAGUUUUUAUCAAAAAGAUUUUCUAAGAUGACCAACCAUGAGCUUGCCGAUCCUGAUGUAAGUCACCAGAGAUAAUCAUAAUAUUCCUCCACCAUGGAGAGGAGAGUGAUGGCACCGGGAACAUGACAUCAAAAUUACUAACAGUAAACGUUGAAGACAAGGACAAGUAACACGCUUUAAGUUGCGAAUGAAGUUGGUCAGUUUGAGAAACGCAGGUCAACUGAGCAAAAUUGCAUCAAAGCAGUGACUGCUUUGAUGCAAUUUAGCUUGGUUGACCUUUAGGGGCUUUUUUAUACAAUCUCAGUCUGUAGCUGGUAUAUGUAUUUCUCCUGUUUUUCACAGUAAGAAGCGCCCUUGUUUGUGAAGGAGGGAAGCAAAAAAUCAGGUGCACACAUCAAAAGAUUCAGAUCAUUUCUGCAGUCUAUGGAAGAACAGACCGCUCCGUGUGUCAGUGGGGAUUGGAUUGGACGGUUGCUUGGUUAUGGAAUGUCAACUGCCGCGCAGCUAAUACAUUAGCUAUUGUUAAAAAUGAAUGUGAAACCCUGUCCGAAUGCGAGUUGCAUGCCAGCAACGCAGAAUACGGAGACCCGUGCUUCGGAACGAAGAAAUAUCUCACGGUAAAUAAUCGUUUAUUUUUACGUACGGUUUUCGAAAAAAUAAUUUGUUGCUCUUAAACCCAAAGGUCUGUGAUUUAUCUCCUUAAAUAGGACUAAGAAGUGUUUUUCUGUUCCGCACUCGUAACAAACUUUCAACACAUUUGUUCUCCUAUAUAUAUAUAUAUAUAUUGUAUAUGCAUUUAUGUUUUUAUCUGUCUAUCACUCAGCAUUAAUGUUAUUACGACUCUAUUGGCUACUUUACGUCACGUGGAACAAAAUCACUAGAUAUUUAUGACGUAAGAGCCCUCAUUUACGUUACUCUUCUUCGAAUAGAAACAAACCUAGUUGAAAAAGCCAGCUUGAGUGUCACUCUUUCAUCUUUGUUACUUUACAGGGAAGAAAAACCAACUCGUUUUAGUAGAGUCCAGUUAAAGAGCCAUUUCAAAUAAAGCUAAUCUCAAAUACUACUCUGGAAAAAAAAAAAAAUUUGCACAUUCAAUUUCACAUUUGCCCUCAAGCUUCGCUUCUCUGCCAAAUAUUCAUUUUCGGGACAAUCUUUUAACCGCGGACAUUAUCAGCCGACAUAGCAGUCGCCUGAAGAGACCGGUUUAUUUACUAAAUAUUUUUUCACGGGUGCAUGUGCCUUAUACAUUAGAAGUGUCUUUGUGGACUGAACUUGGUGAACACGAAUUUAUUCAUUGUAAAAGUGUCGCCUAAGAAAUUGCAAACUCCUCCGGCUCAGUACGUGUAAACGUUACUACAUAGCUAAAAUGUUUGUGACCAGACCAAAAAUUCAUAGGAACCUGAACAAAACAUUUCGAUUUAUCACUGCGGAGUGAGAAACUCAGAAACUCAAAAAGAGACCUAAAACUAGAUGAUGAGGUUUUAUUGAUAGCAUCAGUAAACGCAUUAUAUACAUUUUGUUCCUAUAGGUCAAAUACAGGUGUAUCGGCCGGAUUACACCAGAUGACACCAAGAGAGCUCGCGUAUGUGAAAAUCACAAGAUGUCAAUCGAAUGUCCUGAGAGACGUAAUAUCGACAUCGUAUGGGCAAACUUUGGCCGUCUCAAGGGUGCUCACAUCUGUGGCGAUGGUUUCUUUGGAGUAUUUUCCUGGAACCAAGCCUGCCAGCAUCAAGUGGCCUCCAAGGCUAUUGCCAGGCAAUAUUGUCAAGACAAGGAACAUUGCCUUCUUGAUGCCACCGUUGCCAAAUUUGGGGACGCUUGCUGGGGUACCAAGAAAUAUCUAGAGGUUGGUAAAGAAAUAUUUGAUUUUGAAUUUCAAAAAGUGGAAGAGCAAACCGAUAUGCUUUCACCUACAUUAUAUCAAAAGAAAAUAAGUAAACGAUAAUGGUUAAUUAAGCGACCUCUUUCAAUCAAUCGCCUAAGCUUUAAGAUUUUGGAAAGAUGCUUUGUGGUUAGGGAUUCCCCUUUCGCACUAUAUUUGAAAACAAAUGCCCAGGUGAAUGUGGAGUUCUAGAUUUAAUAACUUCGAUGUUUUUUCUGGUUCUAGGUCCGCUACAGAUGCUGCCCGAAGAAGGGUGGAUGUGACUGAAGCUCAAUCAACACCUCAAGAUAUAGCUAGACCGGUCAAAUAGGGACUUGGGGACGGGGAAAGGGACGACGGUUUUCUCUUUUGUCUGGGUUUUUGUUUUUUUCUAGUGGGAGUGGGUAAGGUAACUUUAAGAGGCAUGAUUAUCAUACAGCGAGAAUCAGAAUAGAUAAAGUUUAUUGACAUGUCACAUGUCAUAUACUAACAACUGAAGUGUCUCAUUUUUGAACAACUGCUUCGUUUGCGAUCUAAACUUACUUACUGGUAGAUUUCUCUCUGGCAUAUCUGCCGUCAUUGGCUCAACUUUUUCUGAUUGGAAAGAAUAAGUCUUCUAAAUCUAUUAACUUCUCUCUUCCUUUCUGUCGCCCUUUGCAUAUCCGAUGAUGAUAAUUCCACAGCACAUUUUAUUCUGCGCGUUUUCCUUAUGGGUCCUUCACUAGCUGCCUUUUGUGGGGUCGAGUAUUUUUACACUGAGUCUGGACUGGCGAAGAAUCAAACCUAGUCAAAAAUCCUUGAAAUUUCUAUGCCAAUUAUGAACACUGACUCGUUUACUAAUUUUUGCUCCCCAAAAGGAAAACGCACGAAAAAAGAUUGUCGUUAUUUCAUAAAAAUCCCUACUCUGCCGUUCUAAUUUAUGAUUGUCACCUCUUUUUGAUAAAUGUCGAGGGGAAUCAAAUAAAAUGAAGGGGAAGAAAAAUGUUGAAGAAGAGAAAAAAAAUGCUGUAAACUGAUACUAAAGGGAAACAUAGGAGAAAAGUCUCAUAUGGAAACGUUUGGAAGAAGAAGAAAAAUUCUUCGUUAAAUGGAAUAGAAUUUAGUCAAUUUCAUUUCAUCAGCUUCACAUUGCUUACAAUGCAAUGUGAAGAAAAUCAGUAAAUGACAGAGGAUGAAAUUGUUGUUGAAGAUUUUUUGAACGAUUCUCACGAUUCCAUUUAACGAAGAAUUUUUUAAUUUAAAGACCACCAUGGAAGAUUAAAGUGCAAUAAGGAUGGGGUAGGUGGGGUAAGUCAUGGUUCCAUUGAAGUGAGGCUACCGUCCGGCUUCUAAAAAUUUCGUCUUUGUGACCUCUGGUGCUUACUUUAGUAUCACACAAAUCAAAUAUGGCGGACGUAACCAGUAAGGGAAAAACAAUUUCAUUCAUUAGCAUGAAGCAAAUAUUUCCUAGAAAUUCGUGAUUGCUAUGGACCUUUUCCAUGGACAUUAUUUGCGUAACACAAAAGGAACGAGCAUUUCGCAAAACAUCAUUGCCACUGGUAAUUUUAUUCAAUAGAUCCAUAUUGAAUCUAAGUAACCGGAUUAGAGUCUUUGAGGCAGCCUUCGAGUCAGCCUUUGACGCAGCCUUGAGUCUAAUGAAAAACUCAAAAGUGGGUCAGCAACCUAGUCAAAGUUUAUAUUUGCGAAAAACCCGUUCUUCCUCAAGAAAUUUUUAAUAAACGAGGAGCUUUCGGUUUCCAGUCUAUGUUAAUAACACUGAAAGCUAAAAUUGGAAAAGGCAUUUCCUUGCCGCACACCCUGUCCUUCGAGCUUCAUUGGGGAAACUGAAAGACGCUUUUCAGCUAGAAAGAAAGUACAUGUAAGCCACUUGAAACUCUGUGGAAAGGGUUCGAACAUCUCAUUCCACGCGUGGGGCAUGCCGCACACAAACCCUAUUACUGACUUUGGGAAUGCGAUAGUGACAGGCAAAGACCCUAACACUGCCUAAACAAACGAAUCAGAUGUAGAUAUGGUCAUAGCAACUGAUAUUCAAUUCUUUCAAAAUAGAAUAUUGUUUUCAUUUUUACGUUAUGAAAUUUUACGGCAGUUACAUUUUCAUUUUCAUAAAUUUUGUUCUUCAUGCCUUAGUUUUGAAAGCUUUUGAUUGGAAGUGUUAAACUUUACGUUUCUUAACGUCAAUUUUACAAAAUUGUAUUUCCAAAUCGUGUUUGUCACAGCAGUGUUCCUUUUAGUUCUUUUAAAAUUCAAACUCUGAUUGAUUCCCUGACGAGUGGUAUGUUUCACCCGUUGUAAAUCUAAUAACCUAAUCCAUGAUUACCGUAAGUUCGACAUAAGUGCUCAUACUUGGUAGCACAAAAGUAAUAUCAAAAUAUUUUGGGGAACAAAAUAUGAGAUAGUCGGCAUAAUUUGUUAGAAAUAGACAUGAACAGAAGACUGGGUUGAGAACGUUCAAUUUCGUAAAUCUCUUCAGUUCUUUCUGUCUUUUACCCUAAACUAAGGCUAAUCUAAGGUCUUAGUUUAAGUUGUGUUUCUAUAAAAUAACUAUGCAAGGAAUAUGGAAGGUAGAAAAAUUUUUCCGACGACCACACCGCCUGAGGAUGAGGAUCGUCUUCUUUGUUACCCGUGUUAUUACCUUGGAUCAGCGUAGAACCUCCCGCAAAGCAUAAUUGCCUCAGUUUUUUUCCCCUUAAAGCCCGUGAUCAACAAAAGUGGUUCAACGGAAAAAUACCUAAUACGAAUAGACGAAUUCCCGUUUUGUGUUUGGUCGAGUGUGGCGUGUACAUUUACUGAAUAAUCAAUUUCUAAAAAUAGAGGUUAUUUCUACACCAGACUGAAUAAAAAUCAUGUUGAAAUUUAUCAUUUGGUUCAAAUUUUGCUCCAUAUCCUCAUCAAUUGCAAAUUCGAAAGAAAUUUCAGUAAAAGCAUUCAAUAGCAAUUGCGACUCCCAAAGAGCAAUUUCCUUCAUAAUCAUACCUAAUCUAAUUGCAUAGUAAAGAAACUAAGUCUGCAAACAUCUCUAAACCAGACAUAACAACAUGUAUGUCACUCAGCGCAGUGUAGGACGAAGGUGAACUGUGAUCUAUGACAAAUAAUUUCAGGACGUAUAAAUUUCUUGGAGAAAGAAAUUGAACGAGCUACCUGUCUGUUACCAUCAAAGGCAAAUUGUUUUUUUCGGUUACGUUACAAAAUUUGUAGAUAACGCCAUCAAUUAACAUUCAUUCGUGUAUAAUCGUGUGAAAAUGCCAAAAUAAAAAACGAAAGAGUUCCAUAGUAAUGUGGCAACUUUCAAUAAACAAUUUUCAUUAAAUCAAAAGCGAGGAGAUUCUUACAAACCAGGUAUAACAACAUGUCACUCAACAUGGCAGGGAGAGAAGGUGAUCUUUGAAUGACAAAUAUGAACCAAGCCAAACAGAAAAGGAUUGCCAAUGGCAACGAAUCCUAAAAACGAGUGAGUUCUAACUAUCCAUGGUUAAAUUUGGUAAGAUCAGAGAAUUUGUACAUUUCACUGGCAGGAAAUUCUCUUGAACCACAUGGUUGUGGAAAAGUGAUUUGUGAAAAAAGAAAGCCGACAGACGUUUGUUUUUAAAAAUACAAAUACAAGGUAUAACUUAUUUGCACAAUUUUAAACAUAAACAAAAUUAAAUGCGCUCACCAGUACAAUAUUAACAUAUAUGAAAUCAUGAUAUUUUUGUCCAAUAAGGCAUGGACAAAAAUCAUUGGAAGAAAAAAAAACAAAGAUAGUAAAGAGAGACUCUGUAAGGGGAACAGAUUCACUUUGGUCAGAAAACCAAACAGGCGUAUCUCUGAAUAUCAACUGCUUUAUCCUAUCAAGUAAAGAACAACUCGUGGCCACUGAACUGAUUGUCGUGAGUCAUCAUUUCUAUUGAAGCAAAAUUGAUCAAUCAUACCUUAUUUCAUCUCUUAUAGGUCGAAUUUACUACUGCAAUGAGGAUAUACUUAGUGGUUCUCUUAUUGUCUUCAACCUUCUGUUAUACACAAGCUUGGCCUACACAAGAAGGCAAGUACUUGAAUAUGUUAUAUCUUAGCCGCAUUCGAAGAGGAGGAUCUAAAUCAGUUCUAAUAUGCGAGGCUCAAAAUAGACUUUGUCAAUUCCUUGUCGCACCGCAAUUUUUCAUUCCAUUCCGCCAUCCCACCGCAAUGAACAUUUUCAUCCCGAUCCCGUCUUUUAUUCUAUGCCGCCGAUCCCUGCCCAUGUUGUUCAAGUUCACCGCCGUAUUUAAACUGGUGGACAAAUUAUAGUCAUCAUAAUAUUGAUAAUGUACUCUUAUUUCUCAUAACUCUUAUGAGGCAAAACCGACCUUUAAAAUGCGUUAAAAUACGUGUUGAAGCCAAAGAAAAUCUCGGCGACACGUAGGCUGUGCCAUUUCAUACGUGGUUUAUUUGGAUUACUAAUUUAAGCCCGUUUAUAAAGCAAAUAAAUACUACUUUUUGAUGUUUCUUAGGUCGUGUAACCCAUAACUUGAGUUGAAUUUUGAUCUCGGCUAUGACCAUCCUAUUCCGCCUUCGAAACAGAGCAUAUCCCGUUCGUACCCUUCUAUUUUCAUCCCGCAUAUUCGCCUUUAAUUUACUAACCCUCAUCGGGCACCUAUGAUUAUCGGGCCCUCAUAUGCCUGUGCAAAGUUAUGGAACAUUUUUCCUAUUGUGCGUGUUAUAAAGUCAACCCAUAAAGUGUCUAAAAUGAUUCCAUCGAAUAAUUUUUAUCAGAAAAUUAUGAGGACCUCUUCAAAUAUUGAAAUCACGGUUUGAUUACGUAAUUAUCCUUAAGGACUUGUGCGCAAGUUUCAAUCCAAGCAACGAAAAUAAGAAGUUUUUAUCAAAAGAUUUUCUAAGAUGAUCAACCAUGAGCGUGCCAAUCUUGAUGUAAGUCGCCAGAGAUAAUCAUAAUAUUCCUCCACCAUGGAGAGGAGAGUGAUGGCACCGGGAACAUGACAUCAAAAUUACUAACAGUAAACGUUGAAGACAAGGACAAGCAACACGCUUUAAGUUACGAAUGAAGUUGGUCAGUUUGAGAAACGCAGGUCAACUGAGCAAAAUUGCAUCAAAGCAGUGACUGCUUUGAUGCAAUUUAGCUUGGUUGACCUUUAGGGCUUUUUAUACAAUCUCAGUCUGUAGCUGGUAUAUGUAUUUCUCCUGUUUUUCACAGUAAGAAGCGCCCUUGUUUGUGAAGGAGGGAAGCAAAAAUCAGGUGCACACAUCAAAAGAUUCAGAUCAUUUCUGCAGUCUAUGGAAGAACAGACCGCUCCAUGUGUCAGUGGGGAUUGGAUUGGACGGUUGCUUGGUUAUGGAAUGUCAACUGCCGCGCAGCUAAUACAUUGGCUAUUGUUAAAAUGAAUGUGAAACCCUGUCCGAAUGCGAGUUGCAUGCCAGCAACGCAGAAUACGGAGACCCGUGCUUCGGAACGAAGAAAUAUCUCACGGUAAAUAAUCGUUUAUUUUUACGUACGGUUUUCGAAAAAAAUAAUUUGUUGCUCUUAAACCCAAAGGUCUGUGAUUUAUCUCUUAAAUAGGACUAAGAAGUGUUUUUCUGUUCCGCACUCGUAACAAACUUUCAACACAUUUGUUCUCCUAUAUAUAUAUAUAUAUAUUGUAUAUGCAUUUAUGUUUUUAUCUGUCUAUCACUCAGCAUUAAUGUUAUUACGACUCUAUUGGCUACUUUACGUCACGUGGAACAAAGUCACUAGAUAUUUAUGACGUAAGAGCCCUCAUUUACGUUACUCUUCUUCGAAUAGAAACAAACCUAGUUGAAAAAGCCAGCUUGAGUGUCACUCUUUCAUCUUUGUUACUUUACAGGGAGAAAAACCAACUCGUUUUAGUAGAGUCCAGUUAAAGAGCCAUUUCAAAUAAAGCUAAUCUCAAAUACUACUCUGGAAAAAAAAAAAAAACAUUUGCACAUUCAAUUUCACAUUUGCCCUCAAGCUUCGCUUCUCUGCCAAAUAUUCAUUUUGGGACAAUCUUUUAACCGCGGACAUUAUCAGCCGACAUAGCAGUCGCCUGAAGAGACCGGUUUAUUUACUAAAUAUUUUUUCACGGGUGCAUGUGCCUUAUACAUUAGAAGUGUCUUUGUGGACUGAACUUGGUGAACACGAAUUUAUUCAUUGUAAAAGUGUCGCCUAAGAAAUUGCAAACUCCUCCGGCUCAGUACGUGUAAACGUUACUACAUAGCUAAAAUGUUUGUGGCCAGACCAAAAAUUCAUAGGAACCUGAACAAAACAUUUCGAUUUAUCACUGCGGAGUGAGAAACUCAGAAACUCAAAAAGAGACCUAAAACUAGAUGAUGAGGUUUUAUUGAUAGCAUCAGUAAACGCAUUGUACACAUUUUGUUCCUAUAGGUCAAAUACAGGUGUAUCGGCCGGAUUACACCAGAUGACACCAAGAGAGCUCGCGUAUGUGAAAAUCACAAGAUGUCAAUCGAAUGUCCUGAGAGACGUAAUAUCGACAUCGUAUGGGCAAACUUUGGCCGUCUCAAGGGUGCUCACAUCUGUGGCGAUGGUUUCUUUGGAGUAUUUUCCUGGAACCAAGCCUGCCAGCAUCAAGUGGCCUCAAGGCUAUUGCCAGGCAAUAUUGUCAAGACAAGGAACAUUGCCUUCUUGAUGCCACCGUUGCCAAAUUUGGGGACGCUUGCUGGGGUACCAAGAAAUAUCUAGAGGUUGGUAAAGAAAUAUUUGAUUUUGAAUUUGAAAAAGUGGAAGAGCAAACCGAUAUGCUUUCACCUACAUUAUAUCAAAAGAAAAUAAGUAAACGAUAAUGGUUAAUUAAGCGACCUCUUUCAAUCAAUCGCCUAAGCUUUAAGAUUUUGGAAAGAUGCUUUGUGGUUAGGGAUUCCCCUUUCGCACUAUAUUUGAAAACAAAUGCCCAGGUGAAUGUGGAGUUCUAGAUUUAAUAACUUCGAUGUUUUUUCUGGUUCUAGGUCCGCUACAGAUGCUGCCCGAAGAAGGGUGGAUGUGACUGAAGCUCAAUCAACACCUCAAGAUAUAGCUAGACCGGUCAAAUAGGGACUUGGGGACGGGGAAAGGGACGACGGUUUUCUCUUUUGUCUGGGUUUUUGUUUUUUUCUAGUGGGAGUGGGUAAGGUAACUUUAAGAGGCAUGAUUAUCAUACAGCGAGAAUCAGAAUAGAUAAAGUUUAUUGACAUAUCACAUGUCAUAUACUAACAACUGAAGUGUCUCAUUUUUGAACAACUGCUUCGUUUGCGAUCUAAACUUACUUACUGGUAGAUUUCUCUCUGGCAUAUCUGCCGUCAUUGGCUCAACUUUUUCUGAUUGGAAAGAAUAAGUCUUCUAAAUCUAUUAACUUCUCUCUUCCUUUCUGUCGCCCUUUGCAUAUCCGAUGAUGAUAAUUCCACAGCACAUUUUAUUCUGCGCGUUUUCCUUAUGGGUCCUUCACUAGCUGCCUUUUGUGGGGUCGAGUAUUUUUACACUGAGUCUGGACUGGCGAAGAAUCAAACCUAGUCAAAAAAUCCUUGAAAUUUCUAUGCCAAUUAUGAACACUGACUCGUUUACUAAUUUUUGCUCCCCAAAAGGAAAACGCACGAAAAAGAUUGUCGUUAUUUCAUAAAAAUCCCUACUCUGCCGUUCUAAUUUAUGAUUGUCACCUCUUUUUGAUAAAUGUCGAGGGGAAUCAAAUAAAAUGAAGGGGGAAGAAAAAUGUUGAAGAAGAGAAAAAAAAAUGCUGUAAACUGAUACUAAGGGAAACAUAGGAGAAAAGUCUCAUAUGGAAACCUUUUUGGAGGAAAUACUCGCGAAUAGAAUUUAGUCGCUUUCAUCAGCCUACAUUGUAAGCAAUGUGAAGAAAAUCAGUAAUGAC